AUGUUCUACUUGUUGUUUUCACAAAGCAUUUUCUUAAUAAUUUCUCAGAUCAAAGUUGCGAGGGCAUUGUGUGAAUGGAUCGGCGUUUUGCAUCAUUUUGCUUGGGUUGAAACUCUGUUGAUAUUGUUUGAAAACAUUUCAAGUUUACAAGGAAUGUUUGUUUCUCUUAGUUUUUCGUGUAAUAAUCGUGUUUAUAAAUUUUACCGCUACUUUUUUUCCAAAACAAAAUAA